AUGAGAGCACGGCGAAGCUGCAGCGCUGCAGCCAUGUCCACGUCCCUGCGAGUGAGCCCCUCGCUCCACGGCUGCCGCUUCGACACCGCCCUGCGCAAGAAAGCCACGGCCAACAUCUUCGAGAGCAUCAACGAGGCCGCCCUGCAGAAACUCUUCAGGAACUCCGGAGACAAGAAGGCGGAGGAGAGAGCCAAGAUAAUCCUCGCCACCGACCAGGACAUGGAGGAAAAAACGAGAGCGCUAAUGGCACUAAAGCAGAGGAGAAAAGACAAACUGCUCCAGUUUCUGACAUUUCGGAAAUACUCCAUCAAAGUUCACUGA